AUGCAGCCAUCAUGCGCCCUCCUCUUGGGUUUAGUGGCGUCCUGCUCUCCGCCGUGGACUGACACGCGCAUGCCCCAACCCCCGGGAACAGCAAAGGAAAAACGUGAUGACGAGGAUAAUGAUAGUACUAUGCACUAUGCACGGCAUGCCAGUUGUAAGUACGAGCGCCUCAUUCCGCCCCUAAAAGAGUCAGCGCAGAUUUCUCACCAUCUUCAGCAGCAGCCACAGAAUUGCCGGCGGCUGUCGAAAGACAAGUUUCUCGGCAAACCCGAGUUGCGCUGCGACGUUUUGAAACUGCUUAGAGACAUUGAGCCGCACGGAGUUGCCGGACCUUGA